AGACUCUUCUUCAGGAACCUGCCGAUCUUUCAGCGUCAUGAAGAAUCAUCUCCCUUUAAAAAUCUUCCCGUGAGGAAGCGGUCUUCUGAUCCGGCCGGCGAGGAGGGGCGGCGGUCCGGAAUGAUUGGCAGUCGGAGCGCACCAAUGGCCAUCCAGCAGCGGAUCUGGAGGAGCCAAUCGGCGGUGGGCAGGCACAGAGCGUGGAAGUUGUGCUGGGUGCCGAGCGUGUUUUCGGUGGUGGAGAGGGAGAGAGGAGCAAGUGAGGCAUCUCCUCCCCGUAUUCCCCUCAAAUGCAGCUAGCUGCCCGUACAACUAACAAGGACAGACUUCUCAACCCUUAGAAAAAGGGGCGGAAACAACAAUCCAAGUGUGGGGGGGGGGAUUAAAAAGUCAAAUCAGCUUUGCUUUUCUUUGGGUAAAUUGGAGUUCACCGUUUUCCUUCCCCCGACUCCGACCAGAGAUGAUGGCUUGUAGCGAGAUGAUCACACUAUGUCUGCAGACGGGAAAACACGUUGGAAACAACCCCAGUGCCAGUCACGCCAUCGCCGCCGUCCCGGUGUUCAUCGACAUAUUUCGAAGGGCAGACAAGAAUGAUGAUGGAAAAUUAUCCUUUGACGAGUUUAAAGCCUACUUUGCUGAUGGUGUCUUGAGCACCGAUGAAUUACGGGAGCUGUUCCACAAGAUCGAUAAACACCAGACUGACAACUUGGACACGGAAGAACUAUGUGAGUAUUUCUACGAGCACAUGGGGGAGUAUGAAAGUGUCCUGUCUGCUUUGGACCAGCUCAAUAUCUCUAUUCUCAAGGCCAUGGACAAAACCAAAAAGGAAUACCAGAGCUCCUCGAUGCUGGAGCAGUUUGUGACCCGCUUCCUCCUCCGAGAGACCUUGGAACAGCUGCAUUCCCUCCAGAGCUCCCUGGAGUGUGCCAUGGACACCAUCGAGGAGCAGACAAAUCGAGAGAGACAGGAAGCAGAGAUGCCCGACGUCCCAUUGGUUUACCGGCCCGUGAGGAGAUAUGGCCGCAGGGGUCAGAAGACUAUCUGCCUGUCUCCCAGUGACCCUUAUUCUGGGAUUCUUCACUCAGGUGUUUGUGUGGAGCCAGCGAGUCAAUGGGUGACCCAGGUCAACAGACUGCAGCAGCUGAUUGACAGGUUGGAGUGCAAGACACCAAGGCUGGAGCCUUUAAAAGAAGAAGUGAUUGAGGAAGCAACGAAAACUCACAUUCUGGUGGUGCAGCGACAGAUGUCAGUGUUGGAGGAGGAGGUGGAGGAGUUCCGCCAAGCUUUGGAACGCUAUGUGGAGUCCACGACCAGUCAGAAUGGGAGCUUGCACAUUUCUGUUCAGAAGUUGGGGAACGAGAGCUGCUUCCUGAUCUAUGAACUCUGGCAAGACAGGACCUCAUGGAGGAGUCACUUGCAAGCAAAUCACAGCAAGACCUUCCAGAGGAACAAUGUGGACUUCCUGGAGACCCCAGAGCUCAUGACCACCAUGUUACUCCCCGCCUCUUGGUGGAUCAUAAACAAAAACAACAACAACUGAACCCUUUACGUUGGAGCGCAACAUCACUUUUGAAGAGUCACCUCAGCAAAGCAUCACCCCCGAAAACGUUUGAUGUUGCCCCCGGAACCGAAGACGUCAUUCAAACCAUUGCCAAAAUGAUUUCUUCAGAAAAGAACUGCACUCUCAAAUACAAGUAGCUACUAUGUAAAAUGAUUGCUGAAAUUAUUCAUUGUGAAAUGCUGAUGGGAUGCAGUUGACCUGUGAGCCCAGUGUGACUAACGAUAAGUUAUGAUUUGCUUGUCUGCACCUCCCCUAUUUCCAUUCCACACAGCACUGCACUAAUUUUCUUUGUAAUGUAAUGAAAAGUAAGUCAACACGUGAUUUAAUGAGCCAACUGUUGUCUAAUUCUAGAGGAAUCAGAAUUUGCAAGGCAAUGGUGAUGGAAUCGGAGAGUGGGAUUGAGCGGAGACCUAGCAAUGUAUGAUAGACAAAUGAUUUCCUUCUGUGCUUUAUACUUAUUUACCUCAGCCCAUCAACCCUACUGGGGCAUUGCCAUUGCCAGAAUCCUCUUUCCUGGGCUAGUCUCGCCAGUUGUCCCUAGAUGUAGCCCAGCUGGUUAGCUUCAAGGUCACAUCACCAGGUGUCCUUAGGCCAGCCUCUCUUCCUGGUGAUGGAAGGUUGAUUGGCUCUGUGGCUUCCACCGAUUGCAGCUUUCACCUCAUGACUAUAUACGUCUUCUGGACGAAGAUCCUCCCUCUCUCGGGGAUGCGGUCUUUGAAGCUUCCUCUGGUGCUUCUGUAGCUCCGGGUUUUUAUGGGAUAAGCCCCAUGCCCGAACCUCCUCCUUUCACAGCCAGGCUUUGGACUGCCCAUGGCGGAGUUGUGCUUCAUACAUACCUCCUGUUAUUCCCCAGCUUUCACAAUUUCCUCUCUGCCAUCACAUUCUCUCUAUUUUGACCAUAGGACGUGGGUGCAGAGUUAGGCCAUUUGGCCCCUCAAGUCUGCUCUGCCAUUCCAUCAUGGCUGAUUUAUUAUCCCUCUCAACCCCAUUCCCCUGUCUUCUCCCCAUGACUUUGAUAGCCUAUAACCUAGAACUAUCAAGCUCUGCUUUAAAUAUACCCAGUGACUUUUCCUUUACAAUCGUCUGUGCCAAUCAAUUCCACAGAUUCAUCCCAGGUGACUAAAGAAAUUCCUCCUCAUCUUUGCUGUAAAGGGAUGCCCUUCUAUUCUGAGACUGUGCCCUCGGGUCCUCAACUUUUCCACUAAAGGAAGCAUCCUCUCCACUUUCACUCUAUCUUGGCCUUUCAUAAUUCAAUAGGUUUCAAUGAAAUACCCUCUCAUUCUUCGAAAUUCCAGCGAGUACAGGCCCAGAGCCAUCAAGCGCUCCUCGUGAGUUAAAUCUUUGAUUCCUGGGUUGAUUCUUGUGAACCUCCUCAGGACAUUCUUCAAUGUCAGCACAUCUUUUCUUAAGGGACCUGAAACUGCUCACAUUUAGCAAUCUCUGGUUUCCACACAUCGACCAGCCUUCCCUUUUGCUCUCUCCCACACCCUCCCCCCAUUCUCUGCAUCUUGAAGCUUUGCUUCACUUCAGGUAUUUCCUAGUCCUGUUGAAAGGUUAACUCCGUUUCUCUUUCCAGAGGAGCUGCUCGGCCCACCGAUCAUUUCCAGCAUUUGCGGCUUUUACUUCGGACUUCCGGCGUCUGCAGCAGUUUACCUUUUGGAUCGUGCUAAAGGUUAAAGUGCUCAUUUGAGAAGCAAUGUGUUGCUCAGAGGAGAUCCAACCAGAGGACUGAUUGACACUAAACCUUUAUUUUGAUUUUACUCCCUAGUUGAAGAUAGUAAAUGGGUUGGCAGAAGUACCAGCGAACCAGGUUCAAUUCCCUCCACUGCCUGUAAGGAUUUAAUAAUUUCUCCUCAUGACCACAUGGGUUUCCUCCGGGUGCUCUGGUCUCCUCCCAUGCUCCAAAGAUGUACCGGUUAGUAGAUUAAUUGAUCAUUGUAAAUUGUCUCAUGAUUAGGCUAGGAUUGGAUUUGGGUGGCGCAUUUCGAAAGGUCAGAAGGACCUAUUCCAUGCUGUAUCCCAAUAAAUAAUGUUCUGUGAGUCUAACAGCUGAGGCUGGACGUGCACUUUGAAUUCACAGUAGCUUGCAACCCGUGCUUCUGAACAGGCACACUCUGUCCUUACUGAAUGUAGGCUGUUCUCGGUUCUCUGCUUACCCUCGAGCAGAAGUGUCCUGGUGCACAGUGAGGCAAGUCCCUUUAACCCUUGCCUCAUUGGAGUGUUCAGUCCUUCCCAGCGCCAGUAUUACCAUCAAGUACAGGGCAGCAUUGCAUGCUGUGGUUUAGCCAGUGAGAUUUGUUGUGUUUUCAGUCACUUAACAGAAUGUGGACGCUACUGGCCACUUCCCAUCCCUAAAUGCCCAAAUUAGAGUCACAGAAUCAUAAAACAUUACUGCAGACCCCUCGACCCAUCUAGUCUGUACCGAACUGUUAUUCUAUCUGAUCCCAUUGACCUGCAUCGAGACCAUAGCCCUUAAUACUACUCCCAUUCAUGUCCCUAUCCGAACCUUUCUUGCAGAGCAGAUGAUAGGCCGAAUGGCCUAAUUCUGCCCCACUGUCUUAUGGUCUAAGUGUUGCAGUUGAACCCCUAUCCACCACUUCCACUGAUAGCUCAUUUCACGCUCUGAGUGAAGAAGUCUCCCCUCUUGUUCCCCUUAACCAUUUCACCUUUCACCCUUAACCCAUGACUUCUAGUUGUCGUCCCACCCAACCUCAGUGGAAAGACCUGCUAGCAUUUACCCUAUCUAUACCCCUUAUAAUGUUGUAUACCUCUAUCAAUCUCCCUCCAAUUUCUGCUUCAGGGAAUAAAUUCCUAACUUAUUCAACCUUUCCCUUUUAACUCAAGUAAUCAAGUCCUGGCAGCAUCCUUGUAAAUUUGCUUUGUACUGUUUCAAUAUUUUUGAGGAGGUUGUCGAGAAUUGAGACUGGGAUUGGAAGUACAUAGGAAUGAGGUGGCAGCUUCUCUCUCAGAAGGAUAUUAAUUAGUUUCAUAGCUGUCAUUAAUGGGAUUUUCAUUUUAGCUUAUUUAUUCAAUUAUGAAAACUUAAAUGCCUAGAAAUAUAGAAGCAAGUAUAUAAUGGUGAGGCUUUAUAAGGCAUUGGUCAGAGCACAUAUGGAGUAGUGUGAGCAGUUUUGGAGAGGAUCCAGAAGAGGUUUACGAGAAUGAUCUCCAGAAUGACAGGGUUAACACGUGAAGAGAGUUUGAUACCUAUGGGCAGGCCUGUCCUCGCGAGAGUUUAGAGAAAGAAAAGCAGGCCUAAUUGAAACCAACCUAAUUUUGAAAGGCCUAGAUAGAGUGAACGUGCAGAGAAUGUUUCCUAUAGUCGAAGAGUCUCAGGCCAGAGGCUGGUGAAUCUGUAGAAUUCAUUGCCAGAGAUGGCUGUGGAGGCCAAGUCAUUGGGUAUAUUUAAAAUGCAGUUUGAUGGGUUCUUGAUUCAUAAGGGCAUCAAAUGUUACGGUGAGAAGGCAGGAGACUGGUGUUGAGAGGGACAAUAAGUCAGCCCUGAUAAAAUGGUGGAGCAGAUUUCAAAGACUGAUGCCCUAAUUGAGCUCCUAUGUCUUAUUGUUCUUAAUGUCUUAUAAUGGAUUAAGACCUGGAAUUGUUUUUCUCAGUGAAAAGAUUGGAUAGGCUGAGCUUGUACGUGCUGGAGUUAAGAAAAGUGAGAGAGGACUUAAUUGAAAUGUAUAAACUUCUGAGGGGGUUUGGCAAGUUCAAAGUUCCUUUAUUAUCAAAGUAUGUAUGUAGUUUACAACUCUGAGAUUCUUCUUCUCCACGAUAGAUGUGCUUUUCCCUUUGUGGGAGAAUCUAGAACUAGUGGUCACUAUUUAUAAACAAAGGGUUGACCUGUUAAAACAGAGGUGAAGCAAAUUUUGUUUUUUUGCAGAAAUUUGUGAAUCUUUGGAAAUGUCUUCCCAUAGCAGAGAGGAAACUGAAUAUCUUUGAGGCAGUGAUUGAUACUUUCUUGUUAGACAAGGAGGUUCGAUGUUAUCUGACGUGGUAAAUGCGGGCUCACUCUUAAGCUUUAAGAAUAAAUUGGAUAGAUAACGUGGAUGGGAGAGGUCUGGAGGGUUAUGGACUGGGUGCAGGUCAAUGGGACUAGCGGAAUAAAGUUUUGGCACAGACGAGAAGGGCCGAAUGGACUGUUUUCUGUGCUGGAGUGUUCUGUGGUUCUAUGGUUACUAUGCAUAGAUAGAAGGUGAGAUUAUAGUCAUGUUAGCUGUUAUCUAUACUCGGUGACCAUUUCUUUUAGUACCUCCUGUACCUAAUAAAGUGGCCACUGAGUAUAUGUUCAUGGUCUUCUGCUGCUGUAGCCGAACCACUUCAAGGUUCAACGUGCUGUGUGUUCAGAGGUGCUCUUCUACGUGCCACUGUUGUGACACGUGGUUAUUUGGGUUACUGUUGCCUUCAGGUCACCUUGAACCAGUCUGACCCUUCUCUCAUUGACAAGGCAUUCUCGACCACAGAACUGGCUGCUCACUGGACCAUUCCCUGUAAACCCGAGAGGCUGUCGUGUGUGAAGAUGCCAGCAGUUUCUGAGAUACUCAGACCACCCUGAUAAAGUGGCGACUGAGCGUAUGUCUGAUGGUCAAAAUUCCUCAGUUGCAGUGGAUUGAAAUGUGAAUCUCUGGAUGCUAGCUCUGUUAUAUUCCCCUCGGGAUAAAGAAAGUAUGUUUUUGAUGUUGUGGUUCUGAUCUGUCCUUAAGAAGGCAGCCCAGGACUUCCCGAUCCCUAGGUCUGUCAGCAUGGGUACACAUAUUCAGUGGCCGACAUCAUCUGGGCAAACCUCUGACACUUAAAAAAGAGAGACCAUGGCAGGAAGCCCACGCAGAGGCAGAAAUGUAGAUUUGAGCAGAAGAACUGGAAAUUCAUUUGUGGAUGAUGGAACAUUCUUAAGAGAUAUAUUGCCAGAGGGAUUUUGGAACAUUACAGAUUUCUUUACACAUUUGCAUUGGUGGGUUAUUUAGAAUAUUACUGUUUAUCUGUAAGUGAAAUAAUGUAACGUAAGUAAUAAAACA